AUGGGCUUCUUUGCUGGAUUUUUCAGCGGGUUUGCAUUGACCUCCACGGUCUUAUAUCUAACAAUCCAAAUUCACCGAGCCAAUCGCCUCGAGCAGAGUCAUAUUAUCCGUGAACAACUUAGAUCUCUGAAUUGGAUUGCAUCACCAAUUGGCGCAUAUGACCGCCGUCUGGCGCCGAAGGACCAGCCACAGCUUGAUCCAGAAAGGUCGCGACUACAGCCUACCUUGAAGGACUUUCUUAAGCAUCGCUGGAAUGAGGAGGUGGAGACACUGGCUAGAAAGGCAUAUGAGAGUCGGUGGGAGGACGCAAGAGAUACUGCAAUCGCAGGAUGGAAGGCUGCGGUGAGGCUUAUGAAGAAGGAAUAA